CGUUAAUCCCAAAAUUGAGAAAAACAUAAAUUCGUGUGGCCGGCGUCAAAUGCUCCCUUACGGCUAUGGCCCCCAACUUUCUUUUUUUCCUUUCUCUUCUUCCAGAAAAUUUUCUCGCCUGGAAAGUAGAAAGCGGCUUCAGUUUCAAACCAAAAUUUGUGUUCCGUCUCCCAGCUGCCGUUAAACCCUCCGCCAUAUAAAUCAAAAUUCCCCGCCGAUUUCCUCUAUCUUCGCUGCGGGGAUCUGGAGCUCGUUAAAAUCUGCGGUUUCAAUGGCGUUGACGAAGCGGAGAACCGAAGAGGAUUUGUAGAAGAAGAGGUUCCGAGGACCGGGAGAUAGAAGAAGAGGAGGAGGAGCAAGCCGAAAUACUGCACGCUUAGCAAAAUGCGGACGCUCUGCGACGUGUGCGAAAACGCCGCCGCCAUCCUCUUCUGCGCCGCCGACGAGGCCGCUCUCUGCCGCGCCUGCGACGAUAAGGUUCAUUUGUGCAACAAGCUAGCUAGCCGGCACGUGCGGGUUGGGCUGGCAGUUCCGAGCGCUGUUCCUCGCUGUGACAUUUGUGAAAAUGAACCUGCGUUCUUUUAUUGCGAGGUUGAUGGUACUUCGCUGUGCCUGCAAUGCGAUAUGGCUGUGCAUGUUGGUGGGAAAAGGACGCACGGGAGAUAUCUCAUGCUGAGGCAGAGGGUGGAGUUUCCAGGUGACAAGCCAGGCCAUUUGGAGGAUCAAAAUGAUGUUACGAGGGAUCAAAUGCCGCCACCUAAAGGUAUGAAGCCAGAAACUCAGCAAGAUCGUAGGGUUUCUCCUGUUCCGGUGGCAGAGAACAACAAUUCGGUUGGCAGGAAUGGAGCAAUGGGAAACAAUUUGAUAGACCUUAAUUCCAGCCCUUGGCGGGUUAAUGGUAGAGAUCCAUCUAACCAGGGACAUGGAGGUAAUGCAGCGAAUGGAGCUAACUGAAGAGUCUGCUAAUGUUGUGGUUCUAGGACCCUUCAAGAGAGAGCAUGCAAAAUAGGUAAUACAAGGUAUGACUACCAUUCUUCGGUUUGGCUUUAAGCUUGUAAUGAGAUAUCUUUCCUGCAAAGUGUUGAUUUGAACUGGGGACAUCGUGCCUAACUACACAUGCUUCAAAUUCAUGGUGGUAGCUGGCAAAAUACUAGACCACUUCUUUGGUUUGGCAAGAAAGUUAGGAGGAAAUAGUUUUCAGUGCAUAUAUGAUCUUAUUCUUUGUUGAAGAUGAACUCUAAACUCUCUUUCCUUUUCGUGGCUACAGACGGCUCUCAUGGUACCCGAUUCUGAAGAAGACUCCAAUUGCUCGAGCUCGGCCUUUUACACCAUUGUCACCUAGGAUAUAUGGUUCGUACUUAGUAGUUAGUACACCACUGCUGCCUACGGCCAAGUUGAUUAGGAGAGAAGCUGAGCGUCUGUGUAAAGCAAAUUGCAGCUGUUUGUUGUGAACUAAGUACGAGAAACUCGACCAAUAGGGCGGUUCUUACGCUAGUAAAUGGUUAACAUUAAUACAAAACCACAUGUUGUUUGAUGUAAAGACCUCAAUAAUCAGUUCUGUUCCGCAAAUUCAUUCAUUUGUCAGAUGGCAAUGCAAAACGUUUGUGUUUCUGCCGAUCAGCAAGCAAAACAAUCUGUAUACUCGAAUAAUAUACAGACAUAAAC